AUGGAGGGAAGGGGCGCCGCGCCGCACCGCGCCGCGCGUGACCGCCACGGUGCCCAGGCGCCCGAUCUAAGCCCGUGCAUCUUCCGACACUCAACGACCACAGCGCCGAACAUCGCCGGCCCCUUGACGCCAUACUGGCCGACUUCCCCCAGUUCUAAGCUGGUUUUCGAUCCUCGCAAGACCACCCCAAAACCUCAGAGCUCAGCUGUUCAGUGGCUUAUCCUUGCGUCAGCUCUUGUCUCGGUCUGA